AUGGGACACCCAGGCAUGCCGCAUUAUCCUCCCAUGGGAAUGCACCCGAUGGGUCAGAGGCCACCAAAUAUGCCACCAGUUCCACACGGUAUGAUGCCUCAGAUGAUGCCCCCCAUGGGAGGACCACCAAUGGGGCAGAUGCCUGGAAUGAUGCAGUCAGUAAUGCCUGGAAUGAUGAUGUCUCACAUGUCUCAAGCUGCUAUGCAGCCUACAGUUCCGCCAGGGGUGAACAGUAUGGAUGCGCAAGUAGGUGUAACACCUCCUGGAACUCAGACAACACAUCCUGUAGUUUGCGCAGCCCAGCAAACCACCACAUCCAACAGUUCUGUUAACGAAGAGCACUCUAAACAGAAAUCUACAUGGACAGAACACAAAUCACCUGAUGGAAGAACAUAUUACUAUAAUACUGAAACAAAGCAGUCUACAUGGGAGAAGCCAGAUGAUCUCAAAACACCUGCUGAGCAAUUGUUGUCUAAAUGUCCCUGGAAAGAGUAUAAAUCUGAUUCUGGAAAGCCCUACUAUUAUAAUUCCCAAACAAAGGAAUCGCGCUGGGCGAAACCCAAAGAGCUUGAGGAUCUUGAAGCAAUGAUUAAAGCUGAAGAAAACAGCACAAAGCCCGAAGAAUCAACUCCAACGACAUCUGCUCCAGCUGCUGCAGCGGAAGCAACAAACACAACCACCACAGCCACGACUGCUGCCGAAUCUGCCGCGGCUGUUACUACCACCACUGCUACUUCUGCAGCAACAGCGGCCCCUGAAGCAGAAACUGCUACAGCUUCUUCCGUGGUAGAAAAUGAGAGUACUGGCACGGCUGCAGCUGAGGAACAGGGACAAGCAACUUCUGCACCUGCUGCGCAGGAACAGAGUGCAGAAACUGCAGCUAACGCGGCAGAUGACUCUUCCAAGCAGGAUGCCUCAGCAGAUGCUGCUUUGAAGAAAGAGGAUGACGAUUCCCAACCAGUUAAAAAAACCUAUACAUGGAAUACAAAGGAAGAAGCAAAGCAAGCUUUUAAAGAACUGUUGAAAGAAAAGCGAGUCCCAUCCAAUGCUUCUUGGGAGCAAGCUAUGAAAAUGAUCAUUAAUGAUCCUAGAUACAGCGCUUUGGCAAAAUUAAGUGAAAAAAAGCAAGCCUUUAAUGCUUACAAAGUUCAAACAGAGAAAGAAGAGAAAGAAGAAGCAAGAUCAAAAUACAAAGAAGCUAAAGAAUCUUUCCAGCGUUUUCUUGAAAACCAUGAAAAGAUGACAUCCACAACAAGAUACAAAAAAGCUGAACAAAUGUUUGGGGAGAUGGAAGUCUGGAAUGCGAUAUCUGAGCGUGAUCGUCUUGAAAUUUAUGAAGAUGUCUUGUUUUUUCUGUCUAAGAAAGAGAAGGAACAAGCCAAACAGUUACGAAAGAGGAAUUGGGAAGCUUUGAAGAACAUACUAGAUAACAUGGCUAAUGUCACUUACUGUACUACUUGGUCGGAGGCUCAGCAGUAUCUGAUGGACAAUCCUACAUUUGCAGAAGAUGAGGAACUUCAGAACAUGGAUAAGGAGGACGCACUGAUUUGUUUUGAGGAACAUAUCAGGGCAUUGGAAAAAGAGGAGGAAGAAGAAAAACAGAAAAGUUUACUUAGAGAAAGAAGGCGGCAGCGUAAAAAUAGAGAAUCUUUUCAGCUAUUUUUAGAUGAACUGCAUGAGCAUGGACAAUUACAUUCGAUGUCCUCUUGGAUGGAGUUGUACCCAGCCAUAAGCUCUGACAUGAGAUUCACAAAUAUGCUUGGUCAGCCUGGAUCAACAGCACUUGAUCUUUUCAAGUUCUAUGUUGAAGACUUGAAAGCACGUUACCAUGAUGAAAAGAAGAUAAUAAAAGAUAUCUUAAAGGAUAAAGGAUUUGUGGUCGAAGUGAAUACUUCUUUUGAAGAUUUUGUUACGGUCAUCAGUUCAACUAAAAGAGCUACUACUUUAGAUGCAGGAAAUAUCAAGCUGGCUUUCAACAGCCUGCUAGAAAAGGCAGAAGCCCGUGAAAGAGAAAGGGAAAAAGAGGAGGCUCGCAAAAUGAAGCGGAAAGAGUCUGCCUUCAAGAGUAUGUUGAAGCAAGCGACUCCUCCGAUUGAAUUGGACGCUGUCUGGGAAGAUAUCAGAGAUAGAUUUGUAAAGGAGCCAGCAUUUGAAGACAUCACUCUGGAGUCUGAAAGAAAAAGAAUAUUUAAAGAUUUCAUUCAUAUACUAGAGCACGAGUGUCAGCAUCAUCAUUCAAAGAACAAGAAACACUCGAAAAAAUCUAAAAAACACCACAGGAAACGAUCACGUUCUCGUUCGGGCUCGGAGUCUGAAGAUGACGAUAGCCAUUCAAAGAAGAAGAGGCAGCGUUCAGAAUCGAGAUCAGUUUCUGAGCGUUCUUCCAGUGCAGAAUCUGAGAGAAGUUACAAGAAGUCAAAAAAACACAAGAAAAAGAGCAAGAAGAGACGACACAAGUCUGAUUCACCAGAAUCAGAUGUUGAACGAGAAAAGGACAAAAAAGAAAGAGAGAGAGAGAGUGAAAAGGAUAGAGCUAGACAAAGAUCUGAAUCAAAACAUAAAUCUCCUACUAAAAAACGACCUGGAAAAGAUUCUGGGAACUGGGAUACUUCUGGCAGUGAGCUGAGUGAAGGGGAGUUGGAAAAACAGAGGAGGACUCUUUUGGAACAACUGGAUGAAGAUCAAUGAGAACAUUAUUUAUACCAAAUAUGUUUACAUUGUGGCAUAAUAAAAGAAACCGAUGUC